ACACCAUUUCUGAAAAAGGAAAAAAAAAAAUGGAAAAUGGUUCAAAAAUCUGCCAGUGGGAAGAUAAAGUAUAUAGUCCUCAAUCAUCUCUUCCUUUCUCUCUCCCCCUCUUUCUCUUUUGUUUCCGUCUCAAAACUCCACCGCCAUGAUUCCGGUGGUUCCUUGUCGUAGGAUCUAGGGUUUUCCUUGUGACCUUUCCGCUCUUUUUCUCCGCCACAGGAUCUCUGGUUCUUCUAGGGUAUCUUCGGGGAGUGGUAGGAUUUCUAAUCAUUUUCUGAUCUUGGGUUAGGGGUUAGGGUUUUCCAUCUCGCUGAGAUUGCGUCCUGAUUCCUUUGUCCCCUCUUUGGAUCUGCUUGCUUCUGUUUCCUUUUUUACUUGCGGUAUUUGGGCGGACCUCUUUUCUCCUUUAUCUGUUUUUGCUGUGUGUUCUUUCCAUUUCCUAGGUGGGGGUUGGGGGGCUUUUGUGGUGGAUUAUGUCGAUCCUUCCAAAAAAUGAUUCGAUCCAUAUCCGCGAGGUCUGGGCGGAUAAUCUGGAGGAUGAGUUCGCAUUAAUUAGGGAGAUUGUUGAUGACUAUCCUUACAUCGCCAUGGACACAGAAUUUCCCGGCAUUGUUCUCCGUCCAGUGGGCAACUUCAAGACGAGCUCGGAAUACCACUACAAGACCCUAAAAGCGAACGUUGACCUGCUCAAGCUGAUCCAGUUGGGCCUUACCUUCUCCGACGACUCUGGCAACCUUCCGACCUGCGGCACCGAUCGAUUCUGCAUCUGGCAGUUUAACUUCCGGGAGUUUAAUGUAGCCGAGGACGUCUAUGCCAACGAUUCUAUCGAGCUUCUCCGACAGAGCGGCAUCGACUUCAAGAAGAACAAUGACAAGGGGGUGGACGCGCAGAGGUUCGCGGAGCUUCUCAUGUCAUCUGGAAUCGUUCUUAACGAUUCUGUUCAUUGGGUCACCUUCCACAGCGGGUAUGAUUUCGGGUACUUGCUCAAGCUCUUGACUUGUCAGAACCUGCCGGAGACGCAGGCGGGAUUCUUCAACCUGAUUAAGAUGUAUUUUCCGACCGUCUACGACAUCAAACACUUGAUGAAAUUCUGUAACAGCCUCCACGGAGGACUCAACAAGCUUGCUGAAUUGUUGGAUGUGGAGAGAAUCGGCAUCUGCCAUCAGGCGGGGUCCGAUAGCCUGCUAACUUCAUGUACGUUCAGGAAGCUGAAGGAGUCAUUCUUUAAUGGGUCGACCGAAAAAUACGCUGGCGUAUUGUACGGCUUGGGAGUAGAAAAUGGGCAUUGAGAAAUGAUAAUAAUGAGGCACGCGGAAAGGAUAUGCACAGAAAAAACCAUGAAAAGAGAAAAACAUAGUGUUAAAAAUGGAAAGACAAUUUGAUCCUAGGUAGCUCAUGUUGGCAACAGAGAUGAGAAAAAGAGGAAUGCAUCGGCAUGUUUUUUGGUACGGUUUCUUCUUUUCACCAUUUUUGGUAUGGUUUCCCCAUUUCGCUUGCUUAGAAAUAUGGCUGGAAAGAAUGGAGGCUUAUUAAUGAUGGGUAGAAAGUGUGGCUGGAAAGAACUGGAAGCUUGUUUGUUGGUGUAGCAAAUCAAUACUGUUGAUCGUCUUGAUGUGGAUGAAGUUUUUACUUCACGGCAGAACUAAGUAGCCAUAAAAUGAUUGAACUAGGAUGAAAAUUAUUAAAAUGAAUUCCUAGCUGUACAAUUCACAGGCGCUAGUGAGGAAAGGAGGACAUCUAUUCGAUGAGAAGCCCUGGAGGGCUCCCUUGGGAUCUUCUUGACUGGCCAAAACUCAAGAGGGUGAUUUGGUUCUGGAAGCAGCUUUUGCUUUCUUUGAUAAUGGUGGUGGACGGUGGACCUGGAUUAUUUUCAAAAUUGUACAUAAAAUGAAUGGAUAUACGUGGCAAAAGCAAUAGCAUUUGUAAAUAACUUAGAAUUUCAUUAAUGGGGUUGUGAUUGUGGGCUGAGGCAUUUAAACUGGGCAAGAUGACCAUAAUAUGUGUAAGAUGUGGAAGUUAAGCAGUGGAGUACGCUCCGUAGGUGUUGAUGUGAUAUGGCUUGGUUUGUGACGCAUUGUGGGGUUUUGCUACAAUGUUGGUGAUGUAUUUAGGCCGAACGAGGUCUGCUAUGCACCUAUAACCUGGGCAUAAGCCACUGCGCAGUGGAAGCAAAAUGCCUGCUUAUAUGGCAGUGGAAAGUGCUGCAAGCACGGCUGCAGACAUGAUGGAGCAGUUGGCCGGUCAGGCACAAACAGGUCAUGUGGGGUGAGUCAGGUGAGCCUGUGAAGAAGGAUGUUCAACGGGAGCGACUCCAACUCUUGCAAAAUGAUUUCACACUUCUCAGCAGCAACUUUACAUGUCAUCUCUUGGCAAAAGGGUCUUCAGCAACAGUGGGCAGAGUAGGUCAUUUGAAGGAUGGUGCUUAGGUAGGAGCUUGUGGCAGUUGAACAUGUAGAUGGACCGUGCUUUCAGUUAGAAAAUGUGAUGGCCUCACUAGCAGCAGCUUAUAUUCCAUGAGCAUUACUGCUAACGUGAGGUGGAAUCAAGAUCGGGUCACUUGCUAAAUCGAACCACACAUCUGCUUAUGCAUACUUGUUAGUUUACUGAUGUACGUACAAUAACAAACCCAGAUGAGUGAACACAGAUGAAGUGAUUUUAUUGCUGCGUAGGGUAGGUUACUGAUGAGAGUAACAGUGGCAAUGCAUAUAGAGGGCUCUUAGAAUGGUGACUUGAUCUCUACCCACAUGAGGUGCGAUCAUGUGGCGUCCUUUUGCUCCAUUCUCUUCAUGAGGUGGAUAAACAGAACAAGAUGACAAGUCUCUUCUAUUUUACUAGAAAAUACUAUCAGUCCCUCUUGCAUAUUAAAAAUAAAUGGUGAAGUGAUGCUUUUUCUGACUUCACAGAAAAUAGUUUUCUUGGGAUAAAUGAGAGAAAAGAAGUGCUAUUGACCCUUAUCUGCU